GUCAGAAUGCAAGCAUGACCAGCAAAACAAGCAAAACGACGCCACAACGCGGGACUAUUCUUACUAUUGGCGCGGAAGAGGCCCCUAACAAGGUAAUGGAACCGUCACAUGACGACACCCCAUGCCUCGUGACGAGGGUCCAGAGCGGGAUUCCGAAUUGGGAAGCCGCUGAGGGUUUAGGGUUGCCGCUGGUAGGGCAGGAGCGACGGGCCUCGCUUAGCACACCCGCCCGCGAAAUUUGCCGUGGGCGCCAAAACAUAGCGGGAGUGGAUAGUGAUCGAGAAAUCGACAACCUCCGACCGAAGUCGACAACACCAACGACAACCCUCCCGUCCGAUAUACCAUUUCCCCCCCGGUACAUCUACAAUUCAAAAUGGCUGACGCUGCUCCCCGUGGACGUGGAGGAUUUGGCUCUCGCGGCGACCGUGGUGGUGACCGUGGUCGUGGCCGUGGUCGUCGUGGCCGUCGUGGUGGUGGAAAGGAGCAGGAGAAGGAGUGGCAGCCCGUCACCAAGCUCGGCCGUCUCGUCAAGGCCGGCAAGAUCACCAGCAUGGAGCAGAUCUACCUGCACUCCCUGCCCGUCAAGGAGUACCAGAUUGUCGACUUCUUCCUGCCCAAGCUCAAGGAUGAGGUUAUGAAGAUCAAACCCGUCCAGAAGCAGACCCGUGCCGGUCAGCGUACCCGUUUCAAGGCCGUCGUUGUCAUCGGUGACUCUGAGGGCCACAUCGGUCUCGGAAUCAAGACCUCCAAGGAAGUCGCUACCGCUAUCCGCGCUGCCAUCAUCAUCGCCAAGCUCAGCGUUCUCCCCGUCCGUCGCGGUUACUGGGGUACCAACCUCGGUGAGCCUCACUCUCUGCCCGUCAAGCAGAGCGCCAAGUGUGGUUCCGUCUCCGUUAGACUUAUCCCCGCUCCCCGCGGUACCGGCCUCGUUGCCUCCCCCGCCGUCAAGCGUCUCCUCCAGCUCGCCGGUGUCCAGGACGCCUACACUUCCUCGUCCGGUUCCACCAAGACCCUCGAGAACACCCUCAAGGCUACCUUCCUCGCCGUCGUCAACACCUACGGUUUCCUCACUCCCAACUUGUGGCAGGAGACCAAGCUCACCGCCAGCCCUCUGGAGGAGUUCAGCGACGUUCUGCGCCAAGGAAAGAAGUACUAAAAAAGUGCAGCGAUGGGGUAUACUAGCAUGAUUCUCGUUUUUUGAUUCCAACAAUUUUUUUCCUUACGGGGUUCAAUUUUGGCUGGAGGGGUUAUCCCUGGGAUCUUUUAUAACGCCUGCUAAUGCAAACUUACGGUGCCACGAAUGUAAUUAUUUGGGAGAACGAGCAAAGCAAGAAGCGGA